AUGAGGCCGCCGUGGCUGCCGCUCUGGGCCUCCGGGGAGCGGGGCCGGCUGUCCGCGGCCGGGGCGGGGCGGCGCCUGGCGGCCGGGCGGGCGGGCGGCGAGGACGGGCGCGCCGCCCAGGAGAGGUUCGAGGCCGCGGCCCGCCGCCUGGCCGCCUUCCGCCGCGGGCCGCCCCUCGCCAACCCGGCCAAGGCCGCCGCGCCCGCCCGGGGCCCCCCGGCGCCCUCCAAGGCUCCGGCCCCGGCUCCGCUGCGGGUGGGGCUGCGGCGCGGCGCGGCGGCGAGCGUGACGGCGGUGCUGGGGCGGACGCGGCCCCCGGAGCAGGCCUGGGCCCUGGAGCGCUGGCGGCAGAGGCAGGUGCGCGAGCUCGGCCCGGAGGGCUUCGCGGCGCUGACCGAGCAGACUUUUCAACAAGGUAAGCUUUUCCAUGCAGCCCUGGAAAUGUUACUGUUAGCUGAAGAAAGCCCUGUGAAGCAGCAGGAAGAACCCAGCGGUGUCUCCGGUUACUUGGCCAGCGUGCAGCAUGUGCUGCGAGAGGUCUCUGGCGUGAGAGCACUCGAAAGCGCCGUGCAGCACGAGACCCUUCAUUACCAAGGCCUUGUGGACUGCGUGGCAGAGUACAGAGGAAGAUUAUGUGUCAUUGAUUGGAAGACUUCGGGGAAAUCAAAGCCACUUCUUCGGAAUACAUUUGACAAUCCGCUACAGGUUGUAGCAUAUGUAGGAGCCCUGAACCACGAUGCUAAUUAUGACUUCCAGGUUGAUUGUGGGCUGCUUGUGGUUGCCUACAAAGACGGUUCUCCUGCCCACCCGCACUACAUGGACCCUGAGCUGUGUUCUCACUACUGGAACAAGUGGCUGCUUCGUCUGAAGGAGUUCAGAGAAAAGGAGGGACUGCGAGACGAUUCCAGAAGUGAAAUGGAUCUGGGCCUGGUUUAGAUGGCGCCUGCUGCUUGGUUUUGAGCCUGGACAGAAUUAAAAGGUAUGGGCAAACUAGUUCUCAAUCUCAUGGCUGCGGAGAUUUACAAAAGGAAAACUCUUGGGAGACAGAUUAAGCAUUCCUCCCUCCUUUGCAUCUGAACACUCCUCCCGGGCAUUUGUAUUGUCUUCUCAUCAGUUGGGUUCUGGAAGCCUGGCUAGUGGAAGGGCGGGUGCUUAAAAUGGAGAACUGGCAAGUGAUUACCUUGGCCAAAUGGCUGGAGAAGAGACCCUCCCCUACAAAUAGGCCCUCUGUGCCCCUCCCUGUCUUGGCAAGCACAGAGUUCGGGGGAGCGUAUUGCUGCACUUGCAACAUGCUGUCUUGCCUUGGAAGCAGUUUCCUUGUUGGCCAUGCCGGUCAGCUGCCCUCGUCAGGGAUGCUGCUAGUCUGGAUUGUGAUCGCUUGUCCAGUACUCCUGGGAAAUAUUGUUGGUGCAAUACAUCAGACUGCCCUUGAGUUUGAUCCCAGUUGUAAAUUUUUUCCCUUUGGCUUUCUUGAUAAAGGGGGAGGGGAAUAAAUGCCAUUCUUCCACCUUUCGCACAUGCUGCUCCUGACACACACACACACACACACACUCCCAGUCUUGACAGCUCAUUUGAAGCGGGUGUCUGAGGUGUGGAGAUGUGUUGGAGUAAUGUUAGAGAGGAGUGUAGGAUAAAUCCAGGUGAAAAAGAAAGCUGGAAGGAGAGCAAAGUGGAGAAGUGUGUGUAUUGGGGGGGGGGGCAUGUAUAUCUGGUGUGUGAUUUCAGGAACUGGUGAGGAGAGCAAGGGAUUAAACUAAAAGCUGUCUACCUGUCCAGUGUCUUUUUAUUCAGCCUUCUUCCUCCGAUUAGCGAAAGCAGCAUUCAUGAUUCUUCCUUCUGGCCACACAGUAAGCCUGUGAGAGUGAAGGGAAUGACUGGCCCGAGGUCACUUCACGGCUGAGGAGGGAUCCAAGUGUGUCUCCUCCCCCCCCCCCCAGCACUAACAGCCGCGUGACGCUGGCUAGAGCAGAGGGGAGAGCUCUGAUCAUUGGGGGCAUUUUUUCCCUACUUUGCCAGAAGGCAGAAAUAAGGAGAGACUCGCAUUGUUGAGUAGCGAAGAAAGGCCUGCAGAAGCGCGAGGCCUCUUGCUUGCCUGAAUAUCCCCGGGGUAGAUAGUGCCCCAUCUAGAAAACUACAGAGGUUUCACUUUCCUGCAUAACAUGUAAAUGUGUCUUGUCCGUAGGGUUGCCAGCAAUCGGGAGAGAAAAACGUCCUGUCCCUUUAACAGCGGCUUGAUGUGUGGAAAUGGGCAGACGAGUCUUUACGUGGCAUGGAGGUAAACAGGGUCCCAUUAAGCCCCAAUUAAGAGGACAGGAAAAUCUUUCUCCAGGCCAGUUGGCAACCCUACUCAUGUUUGAGAUCCAGGCCAUAAUUAGCACUCCACAAAUAAUGCCCGAAGCCUUCCACCAAUGGAAGAGCUGCUGGAGGGGGAGGAAGGAAUCUGCCCCACUGUUUGUAGCCCAAUAACCGUGUUGAUACUGGAAUGAGGCACAUGUUCAGCUAAACCACCAGGCACAGGAGGAGGGAAUAGAUGUGCGUGAUCCUAACGGCUCUGUGUUCUAUGGUGGCCUGACCUCUGCCCCAGGGCCCAAACGAACGGUUAUGUGUAAAACACGAUCUCCGUGGGCCACGGCAGCCAGGCGGGGGCUCCAGGUUCCCCUUGGAGUUCAAUUCUGAAGCACUGCAGGGGCCAAGUUCUAAUCUGGACCGCUGCAGUGGGGGAGCAGCUUCAGCUUUCCUCCCCGUACCUUUUUCUUGACUGGGAAAGGCCAGAGCAGGAGGCACUGCUGCCCCAAAGAUUUGCCGCUUCGUUCCUACAUGGGGUGGUCUCAGGGCAUUUUUGCUGUUUUUUGCUAUGGAAGAUAGUUGCACCGCUCUUUACAAACAAGUUUCGUUUUAAUUAGUGUUAAUUCAAGGCCCGUUACCAACAUUCCAAUUGCAUAAAAUUCUCUGUUAAAUACAAUCAUUGGUAUGGCUUUAACAAAUGCACUUGUGGGAGUGAAGGAAUAAUAAAAAAUUCAGAUUUUA